ACAGCGUCUAAUCAGCAACAAAACAAAGCAACACAGCAGCAACAAAAGCAACAGCAGCAACAACAACAACAAGUUGCAAAUAUGUCGUAUCAGCAGCGCAUCGCGAGUGGAACGCAAAUCCAUAGGCCUUACCGUACCAUGGAUCAGCAGCAGUAUGUUAAGAUGGGGCACGCCCAUCAGCAGCAGCAGCAGCAGCAACAGCAGCAGCAGCAGCAGCAAAUGCAUCACCAUCACCACCAUCAGCAGCAGCAGCAGCAGCAGCAGCAGCAACAGCAGCAGCAGCAGCAGCAGCAGCAAUCCUCGCGCUCUGCAGCUAGUCCGCUGUCGCCGCCACGUCCCGGACCGGGCAGCGCGGCGGCAGCUGCGGCUGCGAAUAGCUAUGCCAAGUUUGCGGAUGCUCCGCAACACUUUAUACAAUCGCCGGCGUACAGCAUUGGAAUCGCACCGGUGGCCAGCUAUCGGGAGAACCAUUAUAUGCGGAUACCUCAGGCCUCGGUGCCGGAAUUUCAACGUGCCGGACGUGCCGCAACUGUGGCCUCCGGUGCCGUUGGCGGUGGUUGCAAGACCGGACCGGGUGGUGGCGCCUCAUCUGUCGCCGGUCCCGGUGCCGGCGGUGUUCUCCAAGUGGCCGGCAACAUGCCGCCGCCGGGCGCCCAGCCGGGCAGCGUGCUCGUCAUGGAGGCCAUGUCGCAUUACCCAACGUUGCAGUACAACAACGAAUACCUGACCAAUGCCGCAGCUGUGGCAGCUGUCAAUCAGCGACAACAGCAGCAGCAGCAGCAGCAAGUGCAGCAGCAAGUGCAGCAGCAAGUGCAGCAGCAGCAUCAUCAGGCGCUGUCUGAUCCGCCAGGCAGCAUGGGUCAGCCCUACAAGAAGCAGCGCUUGAGUGAGCCCAAUGCCAGCAGCAUGAAUCACCUGCCACACCAGCAGCAGCAGCAGCAGCAACAACAACAACAACAGCAGCAGCAGCAGCAGCAGCGCUCGUCGCCCGCUCAGCAGCACAACAGCCGGCAGAGCAACCAUGGCGCCAUGUUGCAUAUGUCCGCUGCCGCGGCAGCUGCCUCAGGGCUGACACCGCUGGCCAUGCAGCAGCUCAAGGUGGAAACGCUGCCCCAACAGCAGCAGCAGCAACAGCAGCAGCAGCAGCAGCAGCAGCAGCAGCAGCAGCAGCAUGCUCAUGCACCACGUGGCAUUUUGCCGCCGCCAAUUGUCUCAACAGCCCAGUUGAUCAGCGUCUCCACGGCGCCCAUGAUUAGCGGCGGCAGCGGCAGCAGCAUCAUCAGCAGCAGCAGCCUCGGCGGCAACAUGAGCAGCGGCCUCAGCUGCGGCAUGGGCAGCAGUCAAGCUGCAAUGGCAGCAGCAGCAGCCGCUGCAGCGGCGGCAGCUGGCAGCAGCUCCGAGGCAUACCAUCCACAGGUGGAGGCCAUUUCACCCACUUUGCCCAGCGACAAUGCUGAGGAGCGUGCUCGCAGCAGCGGCAGCGGCAACAACAACAACAACAACAACAAUGCCAGCAGCAGCAUCAGCAUUAGCAGCAGCAGCAGCAGCAGCAACAACAACAGCAACAGCAGCAACAUCGCCAAGGAGGAGCUAUUGAUGCAGAUUCAACGUGUUGACAAUGAGAUCAAGUGCGCCGAAACGGCAAUGGAAGCGUUGCGCAGAAAGGAGAAGGCGCUGCUGGAGGAGGCGGCGGCAACAGCUGCCGCUAUCAAGCAGCAACAGGCAGCCGCUGCGGAGAGCAGCACCAGCUUCAGCGGCGCCAGCUGCAGCAGCGCCAGCGGCACGAGCAGCAGCAACGGCAAUGAGAUUAUGGAGCUGGCGUGGCGUACACAGAUGCUGGCGCAGGGCAUCUAUGAGGCGAACCGGAGGACGGCCGCCGAACAACAUUCCCAGGUUGAGGAGGCGGGCGGCGGCGAGGAACGUGCACGCCCCUGGCUGCCAUUAUAUAACCAACCGCUGGAUGUGGAGGCAUUGACGCAUCUAAUCAAACGCCAUCAGACGCUGAUCAAGAAUCCCUUGCUGACGCAUAUACGCAAAUUGAAAGCGGAACGCUGGGAGCACAAUCAGGGUCUGGUUGAGAAAUAUACCAAGGAUCAGGCCGAUUGGCAGCGACGCUGCGAACGGGCCGAGGGCAGUGCCAAGCGCAAGGCGCGCGAGACCAAGAAUCGUGAAUUCUUCGAGAAGGUGUUCACGGAGCUGCGCAAACAGCGCGAGGACAAGGAGCGCUUCAAUCGUGUCGGCUCACGCAUCAAAUCCGAGGCAGAUCUCGAGGAGAUCAUGGAUGGCUUGCAGGAGCAGGCGCUGGAGGAUAAAAAGAUGCGCUCCUAUGCCGUUAUACCGCCGCUGAUGCACGACGCCCGUCAACGCCGUUGCGCCUACCACAACGAGAACGGACGCAUCGAGGAUAUGGUGGCCGUGCACGAGGAACGCAAGGCCCUCAAUCUGUGGACAGCCGGCGAGAAGGAGACCUUCAAGGAGAAAUAUCUACAGCAUCCGAAGAACUUUGGUGCCAUUGCGGCCAGCCUGGACCGCAAAUCGCCGCAGGAUUGCGUACGCUAUUACUACCUCAGCAAAAAGACGGAGAACUACAAGCAGCUGCUACGCAAAUCCCGCCAGCGGACGCGCAGCAGCCGCAACCCGGCCAAGGCCCAGGCACAGCAGCCCCAAUGCAUUAUCGAUUCCCUCACAACUGGCGUCACGACUCGCCUCCAGCGCGAACAGCAACAGAAAUCCGGCAAUCGUUCCAGCGCCGUCGCUGAACGCGAACGUGCCGAACGCGCCGCCGAACGGGAGCGUGUCGCCGAAAAGGCCGCCGCCGAUGCGGCCAAGGCGGCCGAAUGUGCAGCCGAGAAGGCGAGCGCCGUCAGCAAAGCCGCCGAGGCGGCUGCCGGUAGCGAGAAGGUGGCCAAGAGUGCAGCUGCAGCAGCAGCAGCAGCAGCCGCCGCGGCAGCAGCUGAUAAGUCGGAGGCUGCAAAGGCGACGCAUGCAGCAGCAGAGAAGCAUGCAACAGCAGCUGCAGCAGCCGCAGCAGCGGCCGCAGCUAAAACGGAGAUCUCAACGGGCAGCAGCAGCAGCAGCGAUGCCAAAGCCAAAACCGCUGAGGAGCAAGCGGUUGCAUCCACGUCAUCCGCUGCAACUGCAACAGCUGCAGCGGCAGCGGCAGCGGCAACAGCUGCUGCCAACGAUGCAGCCACCGGCUCAGCGGCAGCGCCCAAGGCGUCCAAGUUGCAGCCAGGCGAGGCAAAAGCCGCCGCAGCAGCAGCAGCAGCAGCAGCCGCUGCAGAAGCAGCCAAGUCCGAGCGGGAGCAGCCAACGGACGCGGAUGAGCAUCGGGCCGCCAAGAGCAAAGCAAAGGCCGCCGAUAGCUAUAAUGCAACUGGUGCAGCCGGAACUAGUGUCACGCCCUCAGCUACGCCCGCGGUCAGCGUGGCGCUCAACGGCUUCAAGCCCGGCUACCAGAGCGUCGUCAUGGCCAAUGUCAAGGCGCCAGCGCCAACAGCUGGCCUUGAUGAUGCCGCAACCGGAACUGCAGCAACAACGUCGACAAAUGCAACGGGCGAUAAAAUCGUCAAGGCCUCAUCGACAGCAGCUGCAGCUGCGGCUGGCUUCGCUGUGCCCAAUGCGGCUGUAUCGGAGCCGGUGAGCAAUGCAACGCUAACGACGGCAACCACGGCUGGCAACUAUUUGGGCCAGAAGCUGAAGGCGGCACAAGUCGAGGGACUCGGUGCCGGCAAUGAUCUGCACUCGGAUGUUAGCGAGCCCAAGAAGAAACGCUACGAGCUGACGCCUGGCGAGGCAAACAACGCCAGCAGCAACAACAACAACAACAAUAGCAACAACAACAACAGCAGCAACAACAACAUCAAAGUGACCACCACCAAGGAUGCAUCGAAUCAAGUCUCGUUCAUUGAUAAGGCCACCGGCUCCAUGCUGACACCCGCGUCAUCCAUAUCGUUGCUCUACAACAGCGCCAUGUCCACAACGGCCGCGGUGGCUGCGAUGGCAACCGGCGCAGGAGCAGGCACAAGGCCAACGACGGCAUUGACUCCGACCAUGGUGACAGAUCGGGCUGGCAAUUUGCUGAGCACAUCCGAGGUUCUGGCAUUGGAUGGCAAAGAUAAACUGGCGAACUGUUUCGUGUGCAAGGCGGAGGCCUGUCCGCGUACGCGCCCAUUGAAGAAGGGGCGCGGCCAGCAAUAUGCAAUACCUGACGAAACGAUACCGGCGGGCGCACGCGUCUGCAACACAUGCCAGUGCAAAUCGGUGCGCAAUCGCUAUCCGAACUGCCCGUUGCCGACGUGCCCCAAUCCCAAGGAUCGAGCACAACGAUUGCGCAACAUACCGACGCGCCUGUUCGAGCUGUCGCCAGAGCUGCGGGAUCCAUUGAUGGCCGAAUUUCAAAUACCCAUGCAUGCGACGCGCUGCUGUUCCGCCUGUUUGAUGCGCAUCCGUCGCAAGCUCGAUCCGCAGCUGAAUCUCACCGAUGACGACCGACAUCGUCGCGGCGGCACUGGCAGCGGCAGCGGCGGCGGCGAUGCCAGCGCCGGCGACGAAACCGACGUGAGCACCUCCUCCUGCGAUGAGCGCGAACCGGGCGGCUCUGAUACCGCCUCCGUCGAGAGUCCCGAGUAUCUGCAGCGGCACAAGUCUCAGCUGAGUAAGCAGCAGCAGCAGCAGCAGCAACAACAGCAGCAGCAGCAGCAGCAACUGCAGCAACAACAGCAGCAGCAACAGCAGCAUCAGCAACAGCAGCAUCAGCAACAACAGCAGCAGCAACAGCAGCAACAGCAACAGCAGCAACAUCAGCUGCCACAGCCGCCACCAGUGCCGCAUAAGCCGCAACACCAGCUGCAACAUCAACAGCCCUCGGCGAUCAAUGUGCGCAGCGUGGCAGAUGCCACAGGCGCCGCGCUGACCAUCACGCCCACUCGCAUGAGCGCCAAGCAAGCGGCUGCAGCAGCAGCGGCAGCAGCAGCAGCCGCUGGCCACGACAACGAGCGCCUGCUGCCGCCCGCCUGCCAAGCGCCCAAGAAGCAGAAGACCAGCGAGGAGUACGACUCGUCGGCCACGGAGACAGCGGAUGAGGAGAACGAGAACUCGCCGGCGAAUCGCCAGAGUCCCAAGGUGAUCUUCAAUGCGGUCGCACACGCGCAUGCCCACGGCCAUGGUCACGGUCACGGCCAUGGCAACAAUGUGGCCGGACUGCAGCCGCCACAUGCGGCAGGAUCUGUGCCACUGAGCGCACAGCAGCAGCAGCAGUUGCAACAGCAGCAACAACAGCAGCAGCAACAGCCUAAUGGACCCAUGAGCCUGCGCCGCGAGCCGGUCAACAAUGUUCAGGAUUGCGUUUACUCGGUUAUCGAGCGGCAGCUGAAACAGCAGGCCAAGGGCCCACAGCUGCCCGGCAACAAUCAGGGCAAGCAAGGCGGGCAACAGCAGCAACAGCAGCAACAGCAGCAGCAGCAACAGGCACACAACAACUUGGAGCGUAAGGAGCUGAGCACAGUGCGUGAAUAUAGACAGGAUGGCAGCGCUUUGCUCAAGCAGCAGCAACAGCAGCAACAACAACAGCAGCAGCAGCAGCAACAGUUGCAACAGCAGCAGCAGACACCACCGCCAGCGGGGCUGCCACAUGGCACUUCUGUGCAGAAGAUAAACGCACGCGCCGUGCCGCCGCCCAACUCCGUCAACAGCAGCAGCAGCGGUAGCAGCAACAGUCACAGCAGCAACAGUAACAACAGCAACAACAAUGCCAGCAGCAGCAACAACAAUAGCAGCGACAAUUUGGCCACUUUGUCUGUGGUCAAUACGCAUCUGGCAGCGCAUCAUGUGCACAUGCCACAUCCGCUGUUGCAGCAGCAGAAACAGCAACAACAGCAGCAGCAACAGCAACAACAGCAGCAACAACAGCAGCAACAGCAGCAGCAGCAGCAACAGCAACAACAAUUGUUGAGCAGCAUUGAAAAGGCCACCAUUACGCCCGUGAUGAAGAAGAGCGCUGUCUCGUCCACACCGCCCGAUACAAUCAUCUACAAUGUGUCCGGCAGUCAUUUGGCAGCACAGCAGCAACAUCAACAGCAACAUCAGCAGCAGCAGCAGCAUCAGCAUCAGCAAUCCGCACCGCCAGCAACGCAUUCGGUGCACGCAACGCUGCCACAACGUUUGGCUGUGGAGCCAGAGCCGCAGACGCUCGACUUGAGCAUCAAGAAGCCUCCGCGGGAUGGCCACUCGCCGCAUACGGGCGCCGGCGCCGUUGAUCGACAUCAUGGACCGCCGCCGACAUUGGGCGGCGCCAUGAAGCACAUUGUGCGCACGGCGCCCAUGUAUAGAUCCGAGGCGGGACCCGCAUUGUCGGUGCCCGGCGGACCGCCCAAUGCGCCCAGCUAUUUGAUGUACCAGCAGCUUCAUGGCGUGGGCGUGGGCGUAGGCGUGGUCAAGUCAUCUGCUGUGCCCGCCCAGCCGGGCUCGCUGUAUGUGCAACCCGUACCUGUACCCGCCGGCCAGGGCCAAAUGACGCGUCCAACGCCGCCGCCGCCCGCACAGCCGCAGCCGCCGCCGACGCGCGUCUCCAAGCUGCCGCCCAAGCUCAGUCCACAGCAGCAGCAGCAGCAGCAGCAACAACAACAUUUGCACAGUCAGGUGCCGUCGCCGCAGCAACAGCAGCAGCAACAGCAGGCAGCAGCUGCAGCUGCAGUUAGCGUCGCCCAGCAGCAGCAGCAAUUGCAGCUGGUAAAGGGCGGCUCCAUAACCCACGGCACGCCCACCAAUAGCGCACAGCAGCAACAGCAACAGCAGCAAAUUAUUGUGCAUGCAACGCCCUCUUCGCUGCCCAGUCCCAAAUAUGAGAGCCUGGUGCGCCAGACGCCGCCGGGCAGCUGUCCGGAGAGCGGCAAGCAUGGCUCGAUCACGCAGGGCACGCCGCUGCAUUUGCCGCCGCAUCCGUUGGAUAGCAAGCGGGCUUAUGAUUUCUAUAAGAGUUCGCAGCGCUUGAGUCCCGCACAGGCGCCGCCGCCGCCGCCGCAGCAGUCGUCGCCGCAGGCACCGCCGCCCCAGGGCUAUGGCGUGGGCGUUACCGUUGGCUCGCCCUAUGCCCGCUCGCCCUACAGCACCGUCGUCGAGCAGGCCUCGGCGCUCAGUUCGCGCCAGAUUGUCAUCAACGACUAUCACACCUCGCAGCAGAUGCAGGGCCAGCAGCAGCGCAACGUCUCCCGGGGCAGCAGCAGCGCCGGCGGCGGCGCCGGUUCCGGUUCGGACAAGGAGUCGCCGUCGCCCCGCAACAGCAUUAGCAGCGGAUCGGCUGUCUAUGCCGGCUACGAGAAGGAGCCACAGCCUCGCGGACGACCCGAAUAUUCCAGUCGCGCCUCUCCGGCCGAUCAUUCCAACAGCACACCCAGUCCGCAUCGCACGCCGCCACCGCAGCGUCAGGGCGUCAUUCAGCGCCACAACACGGGCUCCAAGCCCCCGUCGCCCGCUGCGCCGCCACCCAAUCGCAUGCACAUUGUCACACCCUUCAAUUUUCCGCCAGCUGGCCACGAUGCGCUGGCCUCGUUUGUGGAUGUGGCCGUGCAGCAGCCACAGCUGCCGGUGCCAUCGCAAAAGGAUGACAAAUCGCCAGUGUCGCAGCCGCCACCGCAGCCACAGCCGCCGCCAUCGACACACGGUCCGAUAAUAACGCACGCCCAGGUGGCGCCGGGACAGCCGGUGCCGCCGGCAGCGCAUCACGAUCUGCGCUAUCGGGCCGAUCAGAUAUCGGCCAACUAUCAUCAUCAGAUGGCCGCCGCGGUACACCAGCAGCUGGCCCAGCAGCAGUACAGGCAGCAGCUGAACGCCGCCGCUGCCGCGCACGAGAUGCAGCGUCGCAUGGAGCAGGUUAAGCGCGACCAACGCCAGAUCAAUCACAACAUAGAACGGGAACGCGAGCUCCAAAAGGAGAUCAUGCAAAAUCAGCAUCGCAUCGAGCGACAGCGCGAACAGGAGCGCCAGCGCCGGGAGCAGGAACGCCGCGAACAGGAGCGCGCCGCCGAGGAGCGGGACACUCGACGCAUGGAGCGCAUGCUGGCCGCGGCCAAUGCUGUGCCACCGCCAAGCCAUGCCCAUGCUCAUCCUCAUGGACAUGGGCACUAUAUGCGUGGCCCGGUGCCUGAAACUGGGCCGCCACGCACCAUACCUGACCGCGAGCGCGAAGCCUACUAUCGUCAGGCACACGGCAGCAAUCCACCGGAGGAUGCACCUGGACAAUUCAGCGCCCAGAGUCUGAUUGAUGCCAUCAUCAAGCACGAGAUAAGCCGCACCGGCGACAUCGGCAACCUGCCCCGCGACAUACCGCGUCCCAACUACGUGAGUACAACGUCGCCUGGAUACCCUCUUGAGUAUUGUGAGCUAACCUUUGCCCUCAAACGCUUUCAGUAUCCGCGCGACCUGCGCCAGUCGCACGAGGGUCCCGUCUCGCUGCGGGCCGCCGAAAACAACGGCAGCAUGAACUCCAGCUCGCCCAGCGUCAACAGCAUUGAUCUCGAGCAGGAGCAGCGUCCACAGCAACAGUCGCAGCAGCAGCAGCAACAGCAGCAACAACAGCAGCAGCAGCAGCAGCAAUCGAAGUCCGGGAUGUCGCAGUCCGGCUCGGAGCGCUCCGUGCAUGGCACGCUGCGCGGUCAGGUGCCGCCGCCUACGCACCAUGGCACGCCCAUUUCACAAUCGGGCAGCGGCCCGACAUCGCAGCAGCAGCAACAGAUACACACGAAGAACAUCACCUUCGGGGAGCUGACGGACUCGAUAAUCGCCAAAGACUACGGACCGAAUCCGCAUUUGCGUCCCACCUAUUUGCCGUACAUGCAGGAUACGCAGAGCAUAUUGCCCCCCGAUCGCUGGAAGCAGAAUCGCCGCCAGCAGCAGAAGGCCGAGGAGGCGGCCGCAGCGGCAGCGGCAGCGGAACAACGUGCCAAACAAUCGCGGUGGCAGCAGCACUAGCAGCAACAGCAGCGGCAGCAGCAGCAGCAGCGGCAUCGGCAGCACAGCAGCGGCCCCGGCGGCGGCGGCAGCAGGGGCAGCGACGGCGGCCCACCAUCGGGUGGCGGACGGGCCAAUACGCCCGGCGAGGAUGCACGCAACAUAAUACGCCUGCCGCAGGCGGUCAGUCCACGGAAGUACGCCCACGAGCUGAUCAUGCAGCAUGCCGCAGUUGCCGUUGGCGCCGAUCCCACACACUAUUUCCUCCAGGCACCCGGCGCUGUCGUCGGCCGCAACAGCGGCGGCGGAGUCGUUGUGCCGCCGCCGCCGCCCUCCGGCGGCGAGCAGCGUGGCCCCGGCGCCGACAGCGGCAGCGGCGGCGGUGGUUCGGGCUCUAAGUUUGACAACUAUGUAAAGAAUCGCAUUGCGGAGGUGAUGCGCGACGAUUACGGCAAGAGUCGCAACGUGGAGGAGCAGCUGCACGCACAGGUGGCACACCUGGCACACGCCCAUGCCGUGGCCGCCCAGAGUCACGUCAAGGAGUCGGCGGCGCCGCCGCCAACGCACGAGAUCAGCGUGUCGCGCAAAACGCCCAAUCAGUACGAUGUGAUAGACAGUGGACGACGCUCGGCCAGCAGCAGCAGCGCCGGCUCCAACAGUCACAGUGCGUCCGCCUAUCAUGCGCCGCCGCCGCCGUCGGCGGUGAACGCCUUCGCUGCCAACACCUAUGCGUAUCCGUUCAGCGCUCUGACUGUGCCCAGCGCUGCCGGCGGUCUGCCGCCGCCGCCGUCCAUGCCCUUGGCGCAUCAGUCGGCGCCGCCCUCUCACUUGAGUUGCAAGGUGGCGCAUGCGCUCAGCGAGGUGGGCGCCGCAGCGGCAGGCGUCAGUUUGGUUGUCGGCGGCGGCGGCGGCGUCGUUGGCAGCGGCGGUCCAGGUGCUGGCGGCUCAGUGGGCGGCGUCAUGGGCGCCUCAGCUGGCGGCGGCGGUGGUCCGCUAAAUGCCAACAUAUUGGCCGUUGCUGCUGCCGCUGCGGCAGCAGCAGCCGCUGCCUGCGAGCCAAAGCCUCUGCUGUCCUCCAAAUAUGAGGCGCUUAGCGACGAAGAUUAGUUGUGACUGCAGGCGUCGUCGUCCGGCAUGCGCAGUCUGACGGCAGCAGCGACGGCGCCUCCAGCAGCCCAUCCACAUAACGCAGCCAACGUCUA